UGUGCCCGCGCAGCUCGCACCGCGGUCCCCUUAUUAGGAUCUGCGGGAAUGUGGGCUGGAGAGGUCCUGCAGCGGUACCAACCUCCAGCCUGCCGCCGGGACUGCCCCUGACCCAGGCGCGCCGGCUGCUUGGUGGCAGGAGGGCCGGCGGAGCGCCAUGGCCUGCAUCCUGAAGAGAAAAUCUGUGAUUGCAGUGAGCUUCAUAGCAGCGUUCCUUUUCCUGCUGGUUGUGCGCCUUGUAAAUGAAGCGAAUUUCCCAUUGCUACUAAACUGCUUUGGACAACCUGGUACAAAAUGGAUACCAUUCUCCUAUACGUACAGACAGCCCCUUCGAACUCACUAUGGAUACAUAAAUGUGAGGACGCAAGAGCCUUUGCAGCUGGACUGUAACCUUUGUGCCAUAGUGUCAAACUCAGGUCAGAUGGUUGGCCAGAAGGUGGGGAACGAAAUAGACCAGUCCUCCUGCAUCUGGAGAAUGAACAACGCCCCCACCAAGGGCUACGAGGAAGAUGUUGGCCACAUGACGAGGAUCCGAGUCGUAUCCCAUACCAGUGUGCCUCUUCUGCUGAAAAACCCUGAUUAUUUUUUCAAGGAAGCAAACACUACUAUCUAUGUUAUUUGGGGCCCUUUCCGCAAUAUGAGGAAGGACGGCAACGGCAUUGUUUACAACAUGUUGAAAAAGACUGUUGACAUCUAUCCCCAUGCCCAAAUUUACGUGACCACAGAGAAGCGCAUGAGUUACUGCGACGGCGUGUUCAAGAAGGAAACUGGGAAAGACAGAGUCCAGUCUGGCUCUUAUCUCAGCACCGGGUGGUUUACCUUCAUUCUGGCCAUGGAUGCCUGUUACGGCAUUCACGUCUACGGGAUGAUAAAUGACACCUAUUGCAAGACAGAAGGGUAUAGAAAAGUCCCCUACCAUUACUAUGAACAAGGAAGAGAUGAAUGUGAUGAAUAUUUCCUUCACGAACAUGCCCCCUAUGGGGGGCAUAGGUUUAUCACUGAAAAGAAAGUGUUUGCUAAGUGGGCCAAGAAACACAGGAUAAUAUUUACACACCCAAACUGGACAGUGUCUUGAUGUUGGCUGUUCUGACCUUGCCACACCACUUGACAUGAUCAUGAUACUGCAACUGUGAUGCUGAUGAUGCUGAUGAUAGAGACAGCAACAGCGAUGAUGAUCGAGUUUCUGUACAUUCUCAGAUACGGAUGGUACUUUUAACUUGGGAUGCCAUGGAAGGUGGUCGUGUUCAUUAUGUUCUUUCCAAAAGUUCAACAUUACAUACUGCACUUUAUAAUUUAACUGGAAUUGAAACGAAGGCCAGUAACAUGACAGCAGUGACCAGUGAAACAGAAAGAUUAUCCUUCAAGAAAGCUGCCCAGGAUUCUUGAACAGUGAGUAACUUCCAAAAGCCCUGGGGUUCGGCCUCAUGAGCCAAGGGAAUUGACUCAGCAGUCUCUCGAACCUGACCAGCUCCAACAUCUUGAAGAAUGGUUGAUUGUCAAACACUGACCCAAGAAAUGCACCCUGGGCACAGGGGUCUUGCCACAGGUACUGGUCAACCUGGAGGAAAGGGAGGGAUCUCUUCCUGACUCACCACCUUCCUGCAGUACCUCCUACAGCUAAAGCCUCAGGCCAUUUCCUAAUUAACGAGGAAGAGAUCAUGGACCUCUGACCCAUCAGGAUUACUGGACUCUCUCAAAUACUUCAUUCAAAAUGGGCCAACUGGCACAUCUUGAUGAAUUUCUACUCUCACCACACCAUUCUUGCCGUCCUCCAAAAUAUAACUAAACAUGUUAAUAGAAUCAUCUGUAUUAAGGUUUAGUUAUUUUUGGUUGAGUCCUAAAUAUUUGAGAGCUAUUUAACAUGUAAGAUAUCAACACUGUAAUAACAUAUACUGUGAAAACAUUCUUAAAACAUAACCAAAAGGGUUUACUAACUCUGCUUCAACAUCCAACAACACAAAAUUGUAUGCUUUUUGAAAUCGUGAAACAGGGAGAGCAAAGCAUAUUUUUACAUCAAUUUAUAUCCCACCAUACUUCCCAAUAUAUAUUUGUAUAUUCAGAUUUCUAUUUUAUAGGCCCAAGAUGUGUCUCUCCAUACAUAACAUUAUCAUUGUCAAGUGCCAACUGUUAGACAUGGAAAGGAAAUGAUUCCUUGUGUUUAAUCUGACCAGAGCUUUUAUCUUCUUGGGGCUUAUUUUCCGUAGAGUGUAUCAGUUGUUAUAUGAUAACAAGAAUGACCUUGAUGUCCAGAGUGCUUUGCCAUGUGGAGUCCUUUCACAUAUGCUGUCCUAUGUGACGCUCGUGACCACCCCCCCCCCCCCCGGCUGUUGCUUACGCAUUCUGACAUAUUAGCAGAUGACCUGUAAUUUGUAAACUACUCUGAUAUAUUCCAGAUCGCUCCCCUUGCUAAUAUUUGUAUAGAAUAGCAUUUGUGUAGACUAGUAACCCAUUGAUGUCAGUGCCAAAUACAAUAUAUUAUAUUAGGAUUAUGCAAAAAAUAAAAUAUCCCAAGGAUGGUCUUGGCCAUAGACUAGGACCCCUGCGAACAAAGGCACUUUUGGGAUUUGUUUGUUUGUUUUCAUGGCUCUAUUUAAGUGGGGGAAGAAUGAGGAAGCAGGAACAACAGGAUGGAAUAAAAGCUGAGAAAUACAGUUUCUUGUCCCCAUCUUAAGACGACUUCAUUCUCCGUGGACUCAUUGCACAUUAAAUGGUAGACGGUUGAUUUGCUGAGAGAGAAGCUGAGAGACCAAAAACAUCCUUGCCAAUGAUUCAGAAGACGAAAGUUGGGCUUAAUUUACAGCACGUUUUGGAGGCUGGACGUGACCAUGCAUUUCAUCUCAGGAGGUCUUUGCAGGACUUCGCAGUGUGAAGUUCCAAGAUUAGCACCUUUGAAAUGGGCCAUCUUGGGCAAAGUCCUCUUUCCUGCUCUCUUCUGCCAUUUCAAUACCCCCCAUACUCACAUCCAUAAAAAUGACCAAGUGCCACUUCCCUUGCCAGGACUGUUAUCAUUGCUAUUCUUUUGUUGUUUCCUUGUGUGAUUUCCAGUUCUAUAUAUGUUAGUUGUUUUGAGCUAAUGAUGGAUAGAAAUGCCCACUCAAAGAAAAAUAAACAGAUGAAAAUGUUCA